GGUGAGUGGGACAUAGUCGGAAAAUUAAGUGAUUUUGUUUGUGUUCGACAUGGCACGGUGAUGAAAUCAGUGUAAAAUGACUCCAAGCAACGGAAGGCUUCUUGUGAAUAAGAGUUGGCGGUACUUUAUUUCCAAUGUCUUGCGGAGUUUUGAGAUGUAGACACGCAUAGCCCGGGCCAGAGGCGAGUGUGAUGGACAUCGAGCAUGAGCGAGGAAUAAAAAAGAAAAAUCAGUUUGUAAUGUCAGGGACGCCGCCUGCAGCAGCAGGCGGCGGUGGCGGGGCUGCUGCCGUAGCCGCUGCCGCCGCCGACCACUUCUGCCUCCGCUGGAACAACUACCAGACCAACAUGACGGCGGUGUUCGACCAGCUACUGCAGGAGGAGGUGUUCGUUGACGUGACGUUAUCGUGCGAGGGCGGGCAGCAGCUGCGCGCCCACAAGGUGGUGCUGGCCGCGUGCUCGCCGUACUUCCAGGCGGUGCUGCAGAACAACCCCUGCAAACACCCAAUUGUUAUCCUGCCGCGCGACGUGGCCUUCGCCGACCUGCGGGCCAUCAUCGAGUUCGUGUAUCGCGGCGAGAUCGACGUGGCGCAGGAGCAAAUCAACUCCCUACUGGCGGCCGCCGACACGCUGAAGAUCAAGGGCCUGUGUGAGGUCGGCGACGACCCCACACACGUGCCCCCGGGCUUCACCGCUACUCCUUCGUCGGCGUCUCGCCAUGCCGCCAGCGCCUCCUCCUCAGGCGGGCUCAACGCCUCGUCUUCGGGGAGCAGCCACACACCCAGGGGGCGGGGGAGCUACACCCGCGGCCGCUACAACACAUCAUACCGCCCCCGCGGACGCCCGCCGCUCUACGGCAGACAUCGCUAUGAGCGACCUUCCCCCAAUGCACCGCGCUCCAACGACCAUCAUGAUCACCCGAAUUCCAGUAAAAGGAUCAAACUGGAGAGCACAGAGGAGGACGGCCACGGAAACGCAGGCGGCGGCGGCGAGGAAGGGGACGGGUCCGUGCAGCAGCGUCCGUCCCACCACCCGCACUACGUCCACAACGGUACGUCCGCCCCGCACGCCCCCAGCGCCCACGCCACCAGCUACGGGCCCCGUUGCGGUGCGCCCGCCCUUCCUGCCAGCCACGGGCCGCCCGCCGCCCACGCCCACCACGGCCCUCCUCCACAGGCAGUUCACAACCCCCAGGCUCACCCCCCAGCAGCGCACGCCCCGCCCCCCCUGCCCGAGCUGGGCCCCUCCGUCGGCCUGCCACAACCAGACGAGGGCGCCGGCACCUCCCACGGCGGCGCCGACUACGACGGCACUUACGGCGGUUACCCCAAGACGGAGGGGGACCAGGGGCAGCACCUCCCCCCAGACCACCUCUCGUCUGACCACCUCCCCUCUGACCACCUCCCCUCAGACGCCACGGACGCCAGCGGCCAGAGAAUGACGGUGACGCCGGAGCUGCUGGGUCUCAUGCCAUCCAACGCAACCUCACAUUAUUCGUCAGACACUGACAGUCUAUCGGGGACGCCGGGCGCUCGCAAGCUGUGGACGGACGAGGACAUGGACAAGGCCCUAGAUGCCCUCCGCAACGCCGCCAUGUCCCUGAGCAAGGCGGCGCACGUGUACGGCAUCCCCGCCACGACACUGUGGCAGCGCGCUCACCGCAUGGGGAUCGAGACGCCCAAGAAGGAGGGCCCAAACAAAACGUGGAGCGAGCAUGACCUCGCCGGGGCCCUCGAAGAGCUCCGCACCGGCAGGAUGUCUGCCAACAGAGCCUCCAAGGAGUUCGGGAUCCCAAACUCCACCCUGUACAAGAUCGCGCGGAAGGAGGGCAUCAAGCUCUCCUCGCCCUUUUCCGCCAUCCAGCCCUCGUGGAACCCCGACGACUUGACGAAGGCGCUGGAGGCAAUACGGGGUGGAAUGAGUGUCCAGAAGGCGGCCCAGGAGUUCGGCAUCCCCACCGGGACUCUGUACGGGCGCUGUCGGAGGGAGGGGAUCGAGCUCAGCAAGUAUCAGGGAGUGCCGUGGUCGGAGGAGGACAUGAAGGAUGCGCUGGAAGCCGUGCGGGUGGGCGAGAUGUCCAUCAACCAGGCCGCCAUUCACUUUAACUUGCCUUACUCGUCUCUGUACGGGAGGUUCAAGCGCGGCAAGUACGAGGACGGCCUGCCCCACCAGGAUUUCCUCCACCAGGAGAUGACGGUGGAGCACUACCCCGCGGACCCCCAGCAGCCCGCCCAGAACCCUCAGCAGCCCCCGCAGCCCCCUCAGCAGCAGCAGCACACGCCGCCGCCCCAGCAGCAGCAGCAGCAGCAGCAGCUCACCCCAGGACCGCCCUCGGAGCAAUAUUGACUAGAUGAAGGGAACACUGGCCGCCACAGCGCCGACGUCGCGCCGGACCAACGCCGGUCCGAGUGCCCGUCGGAGGAAGAUCAGAAAAAGUCACAGCCGACGCCUCAGUCACAGCGAGGAAUUCAGGACUUGCAGCAACAGCAACAACCGCAGCAGCCGCAAACGCAGCCUACGGAGGUACAGACACAGGUUCCCCAGCAGGACGCCCCGCCGCCCGCCCUGGGUCCUGGCUCGGACUAUGGCGAGAAUGGAGGGCCGCCCACGCCCGUGGUCUUCACGGGCGGGGAGGCUCCCCUUUACUCCGCCACAGCCGCCACGGAGCCUCACCAUCCAGCACUCUAUUCACCGCCUGCGUCACUCCCUCAAGAGCCGCUUUAUCCUCCCGCAGCUUCUUUGGCUCAGCCUCCGCCGCCUCCGCACCCGCAGGUGUACCCACAUUACUACCCGCUACCCGAGUACCCUGCUCUGCGGCCCGAGUACCGUGCCUACCAGCCGUACCCGCCGCCGCGGCCCGACGAUCCGACUCGGCCUGUGCAGUAUCCGCACUACCCGCCCUACCAUUUCUGACGCUGUGGCCACCAGUGUUCCCGCAGUCCAGCCGCCUUUUCCCACUCACGCACCUUUGGGCAGCACUGCGUAUGAGCACUCCCCUUCUACCCUCCCCUUGUGCCCCCCUAGCGCGUAGCUCCGCGUAGCUCGGGGGUACAAUAAAGAACAACAACAAGAAGAACAAGAAAAAAUCUUUUAAUGUAAACUUGAAAGAAAGAAAAAGAAAGCUAGAAACAAGAAAAUAUGUAAACAAAAAGCGAGACAACUUUUUCGUAUGUUAAAAGAACUUUUAUUCACAAAUGAAGCAACAGCAUCUCAGGUGCCCCCCUCCCCAGACUUCCCUUUAUUGUGUUUGUGUGUUGAAACGAAAAAGAAGAAAAGAAGAGGAGGAGGAGAUAACUUAUCAAGAAGCAAAACAUACGAAAACGAAGAAGAAAAGGUGUAAACAUUUUUUAGCACAGAAAGUCAUCGUUUCCAAAUAGUUUCUUUUUUUUUAGUAGGAACUAAUGUCCAGCACUUUCAAGAAAGAACGUGUACGAGUUCGAACACACGUGUGUAUGUGUGUGUGUGUUUAUGUAUGUACAUAUUUGUGUACAUGGGUAUACACACAUUUGUUAUACGCAUACAUACAUGCGUACGUACAUACAUGUUUAUAUAUAUAUGUAUGUAUGUAUGCACGUAUUUAUAUCAGGGAUUGGAAAGAAAAGAAAACGUUUAGAAACCUCGGCCCUACAAAGAGAGAACCGGUGACCAAAAUUGCCGAGAGAAAGAUGGAAAGAUUUUUUUUUUUUUUUGUGUGUGUGUCUCAAGAUUUCGAUUAGGUUUUAGGCCCGAAGUGUGACGCGAGCAUUUUGUUUUGCUCUUCAGGUUUAUAUACAUAUAUAUUUAAGGAAAAGAAAGAAAAGUUGUGUUUAUGUACGUAGGAGAACAUGGAAAAAAAAGUGGAAAAGAAGAAACGAGACGAGAUGCGUGUACAUGGUUUUAUUUUGUUUUUUUUUUACAUUUUAUUUUUAUUUUUUUUAAAGCAAAAAGAGAGAAGGAAGAGAAGAAAGAAGCCCAGAUGAAAAGGCAAAGCAAGAAACGUGUGACAAAGAAAGAAACGAACGUAAGAAAGGAAGAAAGAAGAAGAGUAAGAUAAGGAUAGCCGACAUUUGAUCAAGUGUACGCUAUUACCCCUUCCCCCCUUCCCCCUCUCCCCUCGUGUACAGUAGUGUUGUUGUGAUGUAAGAAAUUUAGCCAAGGUGAUGACAAUGAUGCGUUUCCCUCACAAAGAUAGAGUACUUUUUCCCUUUUUUUUUCCCUUUUUUUUUUUUUUAAUUGAGUCCCUUCUCCCUCCAGUCCUUUUCCAUCUCUUCUCCUCCUUUCCUGUAUUUUCAUUUUUUUUUUCUUCCUUUCGUUCUCUCGUAUAUUUUUUUCCCCUUUUUUCCCUCUCACUUUUUUCUCUCCUUUUCUAAUUUUCCUGUUUAAGUGCAUAUUUCCAUCUUAUUCUCGCUGACUACGACUCUUUGAUUAACCCUCCCCCUUCCUCUACUCCUCUGACCCCUGACCCCUAGCCCCUACCCCCACUACUUUUUUUUUUUUGUUUUGUUUUUAAUUGUUAUUAACCCCCCCCCAACCCCAGACCCCCAAAGGAUCCCUCCUUGGAAGAUAAAAGCAACUCCUCAGGGCACUUUUAAAAUCACCCCAAGCACUCGGGCCUUACUUUAAGUCAGGACGAUGCGAGUGAACUUUGUAUAACCCCCUCCCCCCCUCCCCUCCCUCUUCCCCCUCUUCCCCUUCUCCCUCUUCAGAGUAAGGAAAAAUAAUUGAACAUAGGUUUGGGAGAAAAAGAAUUAGGAUAUUUUUUUGUUUGUUUGUUUGUUUGUGCUGGUUAAUUAGGGUGUGUUGGUAUUUAAAUAGUAAGCAACGCGGUAUUAUGCAGGUGUAUGUAUAUAUUUAUAGAUUUUUUUUUUUUUUUUUUUUUUUUUUUAACCUUUUUUAUCAUUUCAUUUCGUGGGGGGUUCUCUCAAAGUAGCGAGCUAGUUCAGUAGAGAGUAGUCAAAAUGCACACUAUUUUAUUGAGAGUUAGUGGAGCGCAUGGAAUUUACCUUCUUUUUACCUUGUGUAUUUCCCCCUCUCUCUUUCCCUCCCCCCCUCCCCCUCCCUCCCAUCUUCCCUCUACUCACCUUUGUUCCCCAAUCACUUACUUUUCCUCUUCUACUCUUCCCCUUUUACCCCUGUUUUUUUUUAUUUUUAUUUUUAUUAUUCGCCCUCUCUUUUUCCCUUCUCUCCCCUUCCCCUCUCUCAACCCCACUUCCCCCCUCCCCCUCCCCCAUUCCCCUGAAAAUCCGCAGUAUUGUAACCUCGGCAUUGUAGUGUUAUCUUAGGAAUUCACAUUUUUAGAGUUACUUCGAAGAGGAAAAAGAAAGAAAGAAAAGAAAAACAAACCAAAAAGGAGAACUUCGAUGACGUCGUGUGCUUGAAGUCGCGCGUAAAACCCGCUCAGAGUCGUUGCGUUUCUUUUCUUUUUUUUUUUUUUUUUUAGCAAUUGACGUAACAUAGUGACGUCAUUCUGUUGAGGAGAAGUUUUUUUUUUAAGAGAGUGUGAAGAGAAAUCUUCAGAGGACAAGUGUGUGUGUGACGUCGAAACUCCAGGUGACGUUCGUUUCCAAAAUAAGAGAAGUUUUUUGUUGGUGGCGUCGUGACGCUUCGAGCGACGUGCCUUGCGCCCUCGUCCCUCGAAGGCCGCGACCCCGUCACCGUUUACCACAAGUGUCGUCGCUUCGGCGGCGGCGUGUUUAGCUACGGGUGAUGUCGUUACUUCGGGUGUCGUCUUCAGCAGCGGGGGACCGCGCCGCGCUGCUUGACGUCGCCAACUGCCACGAAACACGGGUUGAUGUCAGCACCGUCGCCGUCACAAGGCCGGGGUGUGACCGCCGGCCGUCACGAAGUCACGGCGAGGUGACGUUGCAGGUGUCACCGCGCGACGAAACGCUUGAGGUGACCUAUGUGUCUUGUCGCCGUGUAGCACAUCUUGUAAGGUUGUCGGAGCCCAUCUUUUCCUUCGCUUCCGUCGGGACAGUCACAACAACAAAUAUACAAAAGUACAUCAUGCAAAGAAGGAAUGUAACAAAUACAAAAAAAAACAACCAUGUUAGGCUGUCUAGUUAUCAGAAACGUAUUAAGCCAUUUAAUGGCCAUUGUUGAGGAGAAGAAUAGGUGAUUAAUCAUUAGUUCUAAUACUAAGAAACCUCUAUCUGCUGUUUUAUCGUUUCUCUUACUUUCUUUUUUUAUUUGGUUUCUAUUGUAACCGGGACAGGGCCGGGCGUGAAGGCUGCAAUGACACCACCGCUGGAUUACCCAGGUCGGGUGCCGGGCGCCGCCGCCCACGCCCUCCUGCUGGUCUCGCUCACGGGCGCUCUCUGGCCAAGGAGAGCGAGUGACACCUCUCCUCUCCUCCACCUCUGCUCCACCCACCCACCUCCACCCCUCCCCUCACCUUCAGUCCUGAACGACCUCCUCCCUUCCUUAUGUCAUACAUGAGGAUGACCUAAUCUCCCGCCCUGACCGCCGCCCGCUCAUCCUCCCUCCAGCAACGUCCUCCUCAGGUGGGCGGAGGAUGGGAGGAGUCGUGCCCCUCCCUUGCCCUUGACAGGAGCGCCCAUCGCAUGUCCACUCGCUUUGUCCCUCGCCCGGUUGUCGCUUGAGAUAGGCGGCCCUUCUCUGUCAUGGUUUAGUGGACCCGAGUUUUUAGGACAGUCCCCCAAGAGAUGUGUGUGUGCGAGAGAGAGAGUGCGAGACGAAGCUUCAAACAGAUCGAGAAGGUCCUCGAAAAGGAAGCAGGGAUAGAGAUCUUUCCAGGUGGUCUGUUCCGAGUCUCAAGAGAAGAGUAAGAGAGAUAGAAAGAGAGAUAGAGAGAGAGGAAGGAGAAUGGAGAAUGUCAAAAGCUGAAGAAGACCCGCGAUUUUAUUUCUUUUGUACACUCGAAAUACCUUCUCCACCCCACUCAUCGGCACCUGUGAGUCAGCGCUCACGUUAAAAAAGGGAAAAAAAUCCAGAGAAGCUCACAAACACAAGUUAGUAGGUUUAGGAUUUUUUUUAACAAACAUUGCUCAUUUCUUCCAAUUUUUAAUUGUAGAUUUUUGCCUCCAUGGAUAUAUGUUCCAGUUAUUUGUUAUUGUGUCCUCCCCCCUUUAGUUAUUAUUUCGUUUCUUUACUGAGGUUUUUAUAUAUUGGUCUGUAAGAAAUAUUGUACGAGUACUAACACAGGUAGGUAGAGACAAACCCCCUUUAUUUAAAAAAGAAGAUGCCUAUUAACAAAGCUGUAAUAUUGUAAGAGUUAAGAUACGUAUAAUUAAAUGAUUCAGAGGAGGGAUGAGUUACGGUUAAGUAGAAGUUAUCAUGCACGUGGGACUCUUGACCGCCGUCACGUGACCAGGACACGGCCUCGAGGGGCACUGGAGAGAACGCACGCGGCACGCCCAGGCACGCGGCCACCCGCCGGAGGAGAGUGUCAGCGGGGUCCAGCUGUCAUGGUGUGGGUUUGUUAUUUUUUUCCUUUUUUUUUUUGGUUUGUGUCACAUUGGCGUGGUUAUAGAGCGACGGGUGUCCGGUGUCCUUUUCCAUGCGUGUGCCAAGCGCCCCGUGGCACUGCUUCCGUUGGGCGGCAAGGCGGGCCGUGCCAGUGCCGCAGCUGUUUCUUCCAGUGGACCUCGGCGGGGAAGCGACCUCUGGCUCCUCUCCCCCCUUCCUCCCUCCCUCCUCCCCCUGAAGAGCGAUGGGUAGCGCGACUUGACGUGGCGCUGCGUCCUCUGUGAUGUGUGUAUGUUGUAGAAGGGGGGAGGGGCGUCACUGGAACGUCUGUGCUUUACCGCGUCUCCAGGUCACGUGACUCGGGUCGCGGCUCAGCUGCUGACCCGCGACCGUCUGCGUCAGGAAAUUUUAUGAUUUUUAUCUUUUGGUUGACUUUUUUUUCUUGUUUUCGUUAUUUUGGUGACGUGAUUUUUCUUGUAUAUAUUUAUAUAAAACGAAAUUUGUUUACAAGUUGACUUUUUAUAUUUUUUGGACAAGUCUGUGUGUGGUUGGCGGCAGGUGGGUGACGCGUCGGGGACGAUCACAACACACGUACACAGAUUGCAUGUGUGUGUGUGUGUGAGUGUGUAUGUGUGUGUGUGUGUGUGUGUGUGUGUGUGUGUGUGUGUGUGUGUGUGUGUGUGUGUGUGUGUGUGUGUGUCUGGGUGUGUGUGUGUGUGUGUGUCUGGGUGUCUGGGCGUCUGGGCAGAGAGAGGGUAAAUGAGGCCUGUCGCCCACACACUAAUCUCUGUCCAUUUUUUGCGCAUGUGUGUGUGCGUGCGUGCGUGCAAGUGGUCGCCUCUGACGCUUCCCCGUUGAUGGCUUUACAUACAGAGGAGAAGUGAUGAGAAAUGUGACAUGAAUAUCGGCAUGUUGGUCUUUUAUUUAUAGAUGAGAGAAUGAGCGAGUGCGAGUGAAUGCGAGCGAGAGUCACGAGGCAAUUGGUCCGAACGAGCGAGCGAACGAGCGAUCAGAAAAAAGAAAGAAAGAAAGAAAGAAAGGAAGAGAAGAAGGAAAGGCUUAAAGAAAGAAGUAAAAGAGAAAUACCAAGCCGUAAUGUCAGGUAAACACAACUAUGCCGGUAAGAUGGGCAGGCUCCAUGCUCCUUUCAUGGUCCCUUUUGUUCGUGUCGACCCCCCGACCCCUCUGUAUCAACACAAUUUUAUCUCUCUAUUUGUCUGUUCUUCUUAGGCAGGAGCAACUUGUUAUCAGGGAUAUACCUUUUUAGGGCCUCACUUUCCUUCAGGUUUGUAUGUGGCGACACAUAGCUUCCAACACUAGCUAGCUCGAUAGUGUGGGGCAUCCCCCUAUCACAAGCAGAUAUUAGUAUUCCGAAUAAUUCCCUUGUAACUACUUACCCAUAGGAUGUAAUUAAUCGAUGACGAUUAUUUUCACUUUUUUUUUUAUAUUUACGUGUUCAAAAAAAAAACAAAAAAAAAAACGACUCUUUUAUCCAAAUUUUUUGUUGGGCAUACAGCUAUUUUUCACUUAUUUUGUAAAGGUAUAUAUAUAUGUAUGUGUAUAUAUAUCGCCAUUGUAAGUUGUGUGGUGUGCGUGUGUGGAGGUGGCACGGGCGGGGGGCGGAGAGGGGUCCAGGAGUGAGGGAGGGGUGGGAUAGGGUUUAGGGGGGGGGGGCAUUGUGUCAAGACUCCAAUGUGUCGAGUCCUAAGUGGGUCUGCCCAGCGUGACAGACACAGACAAGACAAGACACACAAGAACCAUCCGAAGGAGGAGGAGGACCUGCUCCGGGAGGCGGUGACGGAGGGGCAGGCGACUCGGGGGGGCGGGGGGGGGGGGGGUCAAGAGGAAGAAGCGACGAUUAGGUGCCCCAGGGGAAAAGACUGUUGAGAUCUCAGGUUAUUUCUCUCUCUCUCUCUCGUCAAAGCCGGUGUUAGUUAGCACGUUGCAGCAUGCAGUUGGGCGUAUAGAACCUCCCCCACACCCCUCCCUCCCCCCCCUUUUUUCCCUCCCCCCUCCUCCCUCCCGCCGUGUUGGCUCACCCUCCUCAGACCGUCGUUGUGUCUUCAGGUAUUCUUUAUAUUUUCCAGUAGCGCCGCCAGGGUGUUGUUGGUCGGGCAGGAGGAGGCCGGCAGGGAAAAAGCCCAACAGACGUUGUCGCCGCUGUGCCCAGAAGGAACUCAGGGGUAGGGUAUUGGGUGGGGGGUAGGGGGUAGGGGGUGGGAUAAGAGUCGAAGAGAGGGUUAGGAGAAGGGGGUUGGGGAGGGCCAUGUGUGUGCAUGUGUGUGUGGUGUGACGUCUCCUCGAAUGCCCUCGUUGCGUCGCCGUUGACGUUAUCGAGCGUUGAAGACGUUGAAAAGAGUUGUGAUUUUUUUUUUUUUACUUCUCCCUCCGACGUAAUAGGUAAUGAAAGGUUCCAAGACGUGGGCGGCGGGAAAUGUUGUCAGGGUCGUUGUUCAGGGCUGAGAAACGUAGCAGUUAGCGCGAUUGUCUUGUACAUAGAGCCAGAAAAAAAAAAAAAUGCAGUAGAGAAUAAAUAAGCGUCAGUGUGUCGUACCAGAUGUAGUGUUCUUGUAGUCGUCUUCGGGGAGGGCUGUAGAGACGUGAACAUAGUGUCUUAAGAAUGGACUUGUACACCUCCAGACGUGAUAUAUAUUUUGGAUUAGCAACAGGUAAAUCGAUAACGGCGUUGGUCACAGCUCUACCUCUCGUAGUUCUUCUCCGUCUCCGUCCCUCUCCUCGUCCGUCUCCCUCCUCCUUCCGUCGCCCCCGGCCCCUCCCUCCUCCGCUCAUCCCACAGGAAGGAGGGAGGAAGGGGAAGAUUGAAAGAGGAAAGGAGAAGGAAGGCGAGAGGGAAGGGAGAGAAGGAGAAGGGACCCCCCAACCCCCCCAUCCCGCCCACAGGCCCGUCGCCGCCUCCACACACCAUUCUCUAUAUAUUGAUAAUGAUAGUAAUACCACGGACCAGUGCGAUUUUAUAUGUUUCAUCAAACUCCUUUAGCGUUAUGCAAAUGAUGUGGCUCCUAUGCAAAGGACUCGAACCCUCUCUUUUUUUUUCAUCUUUCAUUUGCAAUGUGUCGUCUGGUGGCAGAUGUGUCGAGCGUCCCCCUCCUCGAGAGCCACCUGACCCCCCAGGUGUUGCGGACCUCUUAUAUGCACCCACAGUUCUCGUACAAGAUGUGUAGCGAGCGUGUAUGCGUGCGCGUGUGUCUGGGUUUUUUUGAGAGUUCACAAAAGUAUGAUAGUGAUCAUAAAAAAAAAGAGAGAAAACUUGGAUGUUUCGGACGUGUGUUGCUGGAGUUUAUAAAACUUGUCAUACAACAGAUGCAGGAAUUCUUCUAGGUUUAGGCUCGGUUUCAUACUGAAGGCUACAUUUUGUAUUUAUUUCAUCGGCACAAGGGAUAUUUUUUUUUUCAGUUCAUUCUCACACCUAUUUAUUAGUAUGGUGGUUAUUUCUCACUCGGAAAAAAACUUUUAAAACUUCUGGAAAUGAUUUAACAUGUUUCGUUUUCCCUCUCUCUAGGAAUACUGACAUUUUAACCCUAUUUAUCAGAAGAUAGCUCAUUGUAUUAUUACUAGGAGUAUUGUUUCGUAUAAUGCAGACAUCUUUUUUACAUUUGUAUCAGUUGUGUAUUGUUUUAGAGGUAUUUGCAAAAAAAAAAAAAAUACGAAUUUAAUGAAUGCCUUUGUAAUUUUUGUUACUAGAAUUGUUUUUUUUCUGAAAGGAUGUGUAUUUUUCCUUUCAUUUUCUUGGGCUGAAUUGUUUCAGUUGCCACUUUAAUCACAGUUGUAAUUUUGUGCUCAAGAAUUAUGUCUCUAAUAUCUUUGUUAUAUCUGUUUUUGAUGUGGGCUUAUGUUGUUUUUUUAAUUUUAUGUGGGUAACAAGUUGAGUAUUUUGUUUUAAUCAGUCCUUAUGUUUACGAUUCAUUUCCCAUUUGUCCAUAGCCGAAUAAAGAUGUUUCUUGCUUAAAUCUGAAAUAUUCCUGGUAAGCCGUCUACCUCCAGAAUGCUAUCUAGUGCGCUAGAGUGUCACAACUAACCCCUCUCCCUCCCACCACCACCCACCCACCCACCCGCCCUCUCCUUCCACCCACGGGCGCCAAGAUGCCUCGCGGUGGGCGGACGACGACAGAAGUGGGUGGGCAUCCCCUCGCCACUGUUUGGGAGCCACAUUCAAAACAGACCCUUAGGGAUUGGUGUCUUAAAGACUGAUUUGUCAUAGCAUAUUUUUUGAUUUUAUAUUUUUUGGCUAUAAAGUUCGCUGGUCUAAUAUUGUAUUUUUUAUAUAGACGUUUUUAGCAAUGAGGUACUAGAGUAUGGUACAUUAAUUUUACGUUUUUGUAUAGAUUAAAUGGUGUAAAUCACACAAUAAAUAUACCUCAUUGUUUUUAAUAUUUGAUUAACUCUAUACUGGUAUUAAAUUGACCUCAAAGACUUGCAGCCCCCCGUGUAUUGUAAUGCAUUUCACUUCAUACCUUUGGUGUUUUCCUCAUGUCUGUAUAUAGAAAAUAAUAUUAAUAUAUACAGUAUAACGAUGUAACAGUUUUCUCUACAGAAUUUCUAAUAAAUGUCUCACAAAGCUGA